UCUAUGCACGACAGGGGAACAUGUGCCAAUCAAAGGUUCCUAAUUUACAAUUAGCAUAACAUUUAAAUUGAAUUAUACGGGUAUUAUUAUUAUAGAAUAAUAUAAGCAUAAAUAUUUGUUAUCAUGUUUAUACGAUUGAGGUGUUAUCUAUAGUUUUAUUUCUAACAGGACGCCAGCUCUUCUUGGGUCAAUGUUGACGCCGAACACAUUAAGCUGUUACACCAGAUGGAAGUUGACGCGUCUGCGUGGUUUAGUCGCAUGGGUCCAGGGGUAGAAGUUUAACAUGUGCACAAUAAGGAAAAAAGAAGAAUAAUAUGUAAGCAUUCGUCCGUGGGGUUUAUGUGUUUUUGUAAGCAGUGUUAGUCGUCGUUGUCAAACAGGAAACGUAUAAUUUUGUCAAGUUUAAUGACGAAGAAAAGCUAGCAUAGCCGUGUGUUCGCUAUCCACCUUCUCACUAAACUAGCAUUUAUAAGUACACAAAUGGUCGUCAUGUCGAAGGCGAAAGAGAAGAAAAAGCAUGCUGCCUCCGAGAAACAAACGCAACCUGCCGGGAAACGUACAACCGUUAAGAAGAAAAAUAAGUUCUGGAAACAAAGUAAGUUAAUACAGAAAGCUAAGGUCGAAAACCCUCCCACGAAUAUUCUACUUACAAAACCUCCAAAGGAUGGUCAGCUCUUUUCUGCCAACUGGAAAGUGUUACAAGAGACUUUAAAGUCGAGUCAGACGAAAACAAAUCAGCCCAAAACAUCAAAAGACCACAAUGGUCCUCUGCAAGAAAAGAAAGAAAAGACAUCUAAAAACAUUUUGCCAAGUAAGACAGAUUCAGGAAAAUCUGUGAAACACAAAACUGUUGACUCUCCGGUGAAUAUUCCUGCUGCGUCCGAGACGAAACAGCCGCCUGCUUCUAAAAGGAAAAAUAAAGCAAAUGGCAUUCCAAAUCUCAAGAAGCCAAAACUUGAGGUCAAAGAGAUGAAACCUACAGCGGAGGACAUUUGGUUCGAUGAUGUGGACCCUGACGACUUGGAAGCGACGGUUGGGCAGGAGGCAGCAGACAUCAUGAGGAAAAAGAUGGGCGUGCAGAAAAAUCCGGACACAGACGCCGCUCUGGUGAAGACGAAAGCUUUUGAAGGUCUCACAAAAGCCAUCGCCAUAGACUGUGAGAUGGUGGGAGUUGGUCCGGACGGUGAGGAGAGCAUAUUAGCGCGCGUUUCUAUUGUCAACCAGUUUGGGAAGUGUCUGUAUGACAAAUACGUGAAGCCCACCGAGGAGGUGACGGACUACAGGACAGCCUUCAGUGGCAUCCGGCCAAAGGACAUCAAAGAUGGAGAGAACAUAGCAACUGUGCGGAAGGAGGUUUCCGAGAUACUAAAGGGAAGAAUAUUGGUGGGACACGCGCUGCACAAUGACUUAAAGAUUUUGCUUCUGGAUCACCCAAAAAAGAAAACCCGUGACACUCAGAAGUAUAAACCCUUCAGGAAGACCGUUAUGAGUAAGUGCCCCGCGUUGAGGGUACUUUGCCAGAGAAUACUCAAUGUCAAGGUUCAGCAGGGUGAACAUUCCUCUGUCCAGGAUGCCCAGGCCACCAUGAGGCUGUACACGCUGGUGAAGAAGCACUGGGAGGCCGAAAUAAAAAAUACCAAAAAGACAGACAAGAAGAGCGCGCGCAAGCUGAGGCUGCCCAAGUGCAAGCGUCCCAAUGCAGGUUUGUCCUUUUAACGCUAAGAGGGAGGUGCUGUCGGCUGUACGUCAAUCAAGACACCUUUUUGUGCUUUUACUGCGAAGGCGACUGAAAAGAAAUAGACAAUGAACAUUUCUAUUUGGAUUAAGCGAGAACAUUGAGCAACUCAGGCCAUCAUGUCAAAAAGCAAAGAGGUGUUGAUGUCAACACCAUUGUUUCACCCAUUGUGUUGCGCCUCACCGGAUGUUCGUGUGUGGAACGUUUAGAACUUGGAUCGUUGCUUUUUUGCCACACGAUGCACAGUUUGUGUUGUUGAAAUAAAUAAAAAAAUGACAAAAUUGCAUAUUGAACUGAGCUCAAAAACGGAAAUACCAGCGUAUAAAUUAACCUGAAUAUAUAUCCUGUUCAAGUCCUGUUUUUGGACAAAAUAAAGUCUGGAUAAAGUAGUCCAAAAACAAACUUUAACUGAAGUUGUGUUUUUAACGGGGACCUAUGCUGAAUGUUGUCUUUUCUGACUUAUAAAUGUUACAAUGUUGGAUACUCGUGUUAAACAAUGCCAAAGCAUUAAAUCAUAAGAUUCAUGCAUUUUAGUGUGAGCUUGCAUGCCAGUUUUAGAUGCCCCUGUUUGUGGGGUUUUGCAGUCAGACUACAAUGUGACGUCACAGCGAGGUGUACAUACUUAUUUAGAAAUUAGAUCGAGCUCUCAACUGCAACUGUUUCAGGCUGUAAAACAUUUACGCAAAAUUUAUACAAAAAGCAUAUCCAAUACAUUUUAACUAGACCGGGGGUUCUUAACCUUUUUGACCUCGGGGCCCAACUUUUCCACUACAGAGGAGUCUGGGGCCUACUCAAAUAAUACUAAAUUAGUAAUCUUACUCUUGAUUUUAAUCGUAUUCAGUAACUAUUAGGGAUGUCCGAUAAUGGCUUUUUGCCGAUAUCCGAUAUUCCGAUAUUGUCCAACUCUUUAAUUACCGAUACCGAUAUCAACCGAUACCGAUAUCAACCGAUAUAUGCAGUCGUGGAAUUAACACAUUAUUAUGCCUAAUUUGGACAACCAUGUAUGGUGAAGAUAUGGUACUUUUUAAAAAAAAUUAUAAAAUAAGAUAACUAAAUUAAAAACAUCUUCUUGAAUAAAAAAAAAAAAGUAAAACAAUAUAAAAACAGUUACAUAGAAACUAGUAAUU